GCCGGCGCCUAUUGGCCGGCGGAGGCGGAGGUAGGCUGCGCGGGGGCCCGAGACGGGCAGCGGGCGAUGGCGGCAGCAGCAGCGGCGGCGGGGCGGCUGGUCUGGCUGCUGGCCGCGCUCUGUCUGGGUCACGCCGCGGGGGAGGUGGCGCAGGGUCCACGGGUGCUGGGCAUUUGCCUGGAGCAGGCCGGGUCCGCGGGAGCGGCGUGGGCGCGCGGAGGGGAGGUGCCGGCCGUCCCUGAGGCCACCUUCCGCUUGCGCCUCUUUGGCUCGGGCUUCGGGAACAGCUCCUGGUCCUGGGCGGCCCCUGAGGGUGCGGGCUGCCCCGAGGGCGGGCCGGUCGGGCCGGCCGCGGCGUCCGGGGAGGCGGCGGCGGCCUCGACAGGCGAGUGGCGCGCGCUGCUACGCCUGCGAGCCGAGGCCGAGCACCCACACUCGACGCUGCUUGCGGGAGAGCCGGACGGCGCGGCAGCUGGGGAGACAGCAGCGGCGGCGGCCCCCGCGGGCGAGUGGCACGCGCUGCUGCGCCUGCGCGCUGAGGCCGUGGGCGCGGAGCCAAGCGUCGAGGCAGCGUUCCAGGAGGCGGUGCCGCCCUGGGCGCUUGGCCUGGGGGCUGCGGGGCUGCUGGCGCUGGCAGCGCUGGCUCGCGGCCUGCAGCUGAGCGCGCUGGUGUUGACACCAGCUGAGGUGCAGGUGCUGCGCGAGAACGGGUCGGAGGCGGAGCGCGCGGCGGCGCGGCGUCUGGAGUCGGCGCGGCGCUGGGCCAGCUACGCCCUUGGCGCGCUGCUGCUGCUAGCCUGCCUGGCACAGGCGGCGCUGGCGGUGCUGCUGUAUCGCGCGGCCGGCCAGCGCGCUGUGCCCGCCGUGCUGGGCAGUGCAGGGCUCGCGUUCCUGGUGGCCGAGGUGCUGCCGGCCGCCGUGAGCGGACGCUGGACGCUGGCGCUGGCCCCGCGCGCUCUGGCGCUCAGCCGCCUGGCCGUGUUGCUCACCCUGCCCGUGGCCUUGCCGGUGGGUCAGCUGCUGGAGCUGGCGGCGCGACCCGGGCGGCUGCGCGAGCGCGUGCUGGAGCUGGCACGAGGGGGCGGCGAUCCCUACAGCGACCUCAGUAAGGGCGUGCUGCGCUACCGGACCGUGGAGGAGGUGCUCACUCCGCUUGAGGACUGCUUCAUGCUAGACGCCAGCACCGUGCUGGACUUUGGCGUCCUGGCCAGCAUCAUGCAGAGCGGCCACACGCGCAUCCCUGUGUACGAGGAGGAGCGCUCCAAUAUCGUGGACAUGCUCUACCUCAAGGACUUGGCCUUCGUGGACCCCGAGGACUGCACGCCGCUCAGCACCAUCACCCGCUUCUACAACCACCCGCUCCACUUUGUCUUCAACGACACCAAGCUGGACGCCGUUUUGGAGGAGUUCAAGCGAGGGAAGUCCCACAUGGCCAUCGUGCAGAAGGUGAACAACGAGGGGGAAGGUGACCCCUUCUACGAGGUCCUGGGCCUGGUCACCCUGGAGGACGUCAUUGAGGAGAUCAUCAAGUCCGAGAUCCUGGACGAGUCCGAGGACUACCGAGACACCACGGUGAGGAAGAAGCCUGCUGCUCUCAGUGUCCCUCUCAGGCGGAAAGAGGAAUUCUCCUUGUUCAAGGUGUCUGACGAUGAGUAUAAAGUGAAAAUCUCGCCUCAGCUGCUCUUGGCCACCCAGCGCUUCCUUUCCCGAGAGGUGGAUGUGUUCAGCCCAUUGCGAAUCUCCGAGAAGGUCCUGUUGCACCUGCUGAGGCACCCCAGCGUCAACCAGGAGGUGAGGUUUGACCAGAGCAACCGCCUGGCUGCACACCAUUACCUGUACCAGCGCAGCCAGCCGGUGGAUUACUUCAUCCUCAUCCUGCAGGGCAGGGUUGAGGUGGAGAUCGGGAAGGAGGGCCUGAAGUUCGAGAACGGGGCGUUCACCUACUAUGGCUUGUCUGCCCUGACAGCCCCAUCUUCGGUUCACCAGUCCCCGGUGUCCUCGCUCCAGGCCCUCUGCCAUGACCCGCAGCCCGAGCCAGCUGACGGCACCCGCUUGUCCACGUAUUGUCCUGACUACACCGUGAGGGCCCUCUCCGACCUGCAGUUCAUCAAGGUCACGCGGCUCCAGUACCUCAAUGCACUCCUGGCCAGCCGAGCCCAGCUCCUGCCACCGUCCCCUGAGAGCGCGGACCUCCAGGUCAUCCCAGGCAGCCAGACCCGGCUCCUCGGGGACAGCACAGCCGCAGCAGCAGGGUCUAACCACGGUGGGCCCGGCCUCCCAGCGGAGGAGAGCCCCGGGCGGAACCCGGGAGUGUAACUGCUUGCCAGGCAGCCCAGGUCUGGGGAGUAGGCAAGCGCGUGGGGAACGCAGAGCCCAGCGGAGCAGCUUCCUGCCAGCCCGUCCUCGCCCCUCGGGCCACGUUUUAGAUGGCCCUUCUGGACGCAGCCAGAGCCUCUGAGGGCCUGCCUCCUCUGGGACAUGGGGUCCGCGGGCACAGCCUCCAGGCCUGCUUCCGAGGGGACGGAGGACACCGCCGUCUCCCUGGUCGGGCCCGGCCUGCCCCCUGUGACGGUGCGGGGCGCCUGCCCCUCCGGGGGCCACGCCACGAUGUGAGUGCACGAUCGCGGCCUUUCUGUGGCCGUCGCCUGUACUCGCUUUGCUUCUCUGCCAACCUUCUGCUGCUGGCAGCACUUUCUGAGCAAACCACGGCACCGGUUAUGGCUGGGGGUUCAAAUCCAUGGCCUUGUCAUGGCGAACGUGGCGGCUUCCCUGACAGUGCCAUGUCUCAGCACGCCCCAGCCUGUCCUUUGUGCCAACCCUGGAAGUUCAGUUCCUCACAAGCCUGUGCCACUAGUCCGGCCCCUCCUGUGGAGGUGGCUGGCUGACCCAGCAGAGCCCUGAGCAAGUUGCAGGCCCCGGGACAGGACGGGGGGCCCUGCGCUUCCCCCACACAUCUGCCUGGGGGAUGGGCGAGCCCAGCCCUGGAGUAGCUUCCUGCCAGCCGUCCUCACCCCCUCAGGCCACUCUCUGUGUUUUAGCGAGAGGUCCCGUGUGAGAGCAAGGGCUCUUCUGCUGCACCCAGUCCUUCCUUCAAGGUCAGGUCCCGGGACAGGAACCAACUACUAGACCAAUUUCACGCCCUCCUCCUAGGCUUCCGGUCGUGUGGCUGUGAGUGCGUGGAGAGCAGGGAGGGAGGGAGGGUUGAAUGAGGGCCAGGUGGAUCACCGCCACCUUUCUCUUAGAAAAACAUGAGAUUUCUGUCUCUGAAGCAUUUCAAGCUUUUGCCUAUUUCCUGUCCCUAGCUGUGGGGUUUUAGAGAAUCGGGAGCAACAAGAUUCUCUUUUUGUUGUUUGUCUUUUCCUUCCCGUUUACCUCUGUUAACCGUCCACAGUUCUUCAGCUGCGUAGAAGCGGCAUCACAGGGACCUGGAUCUUAGAGUGGGUGGGGGAACGGAGGGUGUCUGGAACCUUUCUCAAAGGAACUUGGGUCCUCAUCUGGGACCAGCAGGAGUGAAGGUCACACAGUGGCCUGCUUGCUGAGACGCUGUUCUCCAGGAAUUCACUCCAAGAGCAAACUCCCAGGUGGGAAACAGCAGGUCCUGAGGAUGUCUCAUCAUUCUGUGUCAUUAAUGCCGAUGAGAGGCCCUGGGGAUUAGCUCUUGCUUAUAUCAGUCUGCCUGUGGCAGGCUGCAGAACCUGCUGAGGACAUGGAGGACUUCGCUGUGCUUUACAGCCACCUCUCUCCAGAACAGCGGUUCUUCACCGGGGCUGCACGUCAGAAUCACCUGGAAAAUUAAAAAUUCUGAUACCCGGGGCCCACCCCAGGGGGGAUGUAAUGGGUCUGACAUCAGGAUUUUAGUUUUGAAAUAACUUUAGAUUCACAGAAGAGUUCCAUGUAACCUUCAUCUGGCUCCCCUCAUGUUAACAUCUUACAUCACCUCAGUACCUUUAUCAAAACUAAAAGUUAACACUGGUACAAAAAUAACUAAAUUACACUUUAUAAUAUGGAUUUUACCGGUUUUUCUAAUGUCCUUUCUCAGUUGCAGGAUCCAUUCCAGGGUACCAAUUUAGAGCUAUUACUUUUUUUCUACCUAUUUGUUUUGAAUGUACAGAUUCAUAGGAAGUUGCAAAGAUAGAGGUACCCUUCACCCUGCUUUCCUCAAUGGUUACAUCUUAGUUAUAAUCAGUAUCAAACCAGGAAUGGACACUGGGCAGUGAGGAUGGUUAGUUAUAUAUCAUCUCAUGUGUAGCUUUGUGUGACCACCGCUACAGCCUGGACACAACUGUCCCAUUGCCAUCAGCAUCUCACUCUACCCCUUCAGAGCCCCCCCCACCCCCCCAGCCGCCAUCCCUAAUCCCUGGCAACCCUUGAUCUGUUUGUCAGCUCGCCAAUUUUGUCAUUUCAAGAAUGUAUAAAUGGGGUUGAGUAACGUAACCAUUUGGGGUUGGGUUUUCUCAGCAUAUACUCUGGAUAUUCAUCCAGGUGGUUGCGGGGUCCACAGUUCCUCCCUUUUGGUGGCUGCGUGGUUUCCCAUGGUAUGCUCGUAUGCUCGUUCUAGUUAAGGACAUCGAGGUGGUUUCCAGUUUUUGGCUAUCCCAAAUAAAGCUGCUAUGAACAUUCAUCACAGGUUUCUGUGUAAAUGUUGGGUUCUUUCUCUGAGAGAAAUGUCCAGUAGUACAAUCACUAGAUUAUAUGGUGUUUUGUUUUGUUUUUUAAAAUUGACAAACUUCCAGAGUGGCUGCACCAUUUUACAUCUCCACCAGCAACGUGUGUGACCCAGUUUCUCUGAAUCCUUGCCAGCAUUUCAUAUUGUCACUUUUACUUUAGCCAUUCUGGUAGGUGUUGUGACAUCUCAUUGUGGUUUUCAUUUGCAUUGACAUAAUGGCUAAUGUGUAUCUUUUCAUAUGCUUAUUCACUCCAUGAAAUAUCUGUUCAUGUCUGUUGCUCAUUUUCUAAUUGGAUUGUUUAAUUUUUUUUAAUGUUGAGUGUUUUUUUUAAUUUCUUUAUUGAUUAAGGUGUUACAUAUGUGUCCUUAUUCCCCCAUGAGUUUUGUUUUUUAAAAUAUAUUUUCAUUUAUUUCAGAGAGGAAGGGAGAAGGAGAGAGAGAGUCAUCGAUUGGCUGCCUCCUGUGUGCCCUGACUGGAAAUUGAACCAUGACCUCCUGAUUAAUAGGUUGGUGCCCAACCACUGAGCGACACUGGCCGGGCUGCUGUUGAGUGUUAAGAGUUCUUAAUAUAUGUUCUGAAUACUAAUCCUUUUUUAAGGUUUUGGUUUACAAAUAGCUUAUUUUUUUCAUCCUCUAAACAGGAUAUUUUACAGAGAAAACGUUUUUAAUGUUGUUAAAGUCCCGUUUACAGAUUUUUCUUCUCUUACUGAUUAUGCUUUUGAUGACAUGGCUAAGAAUCUGCCUCCUGCUAGAUGCUGAAGAUUGUCUCCUAUGUUUUCUAAACCUUAUAGAUUUGUCUUACAUUUAAUUUAAGUCUGUGAUCCAUUUAGAGGUAAUUUUUGUAUAAGGUAUGACCUUCUGGUCAAGGUUCUUUUUUUCUCAAUUUGCAUUUUACUGUUUACUAAUGAGAUUGAGUGUCUUUUUACGUGUUGCUAGGCAAUUCAUAUUUUCUCUUCUGGGAAAUGCCUGUUGUAUCUUUUUUAAAAAUUUUAAUAUGAUUUUAUUAAUUUUUUAGAGAAGAAGGGAGAGGUGUAGUAUGAUAGAAACAUCAAUGAUAGAGAAACAUCACUGAUAGGCUGCCUCCUGCACCAAACCAGCAACCCUGGUCAUGUGCCCUGACCGGGAAUCAAACCAGUGAUCUCUUGGUCCUGGGUCAAAGCUCAACCACUGAGCCACACCAGCUGGUCUCUUUUGCCCUGUUUCCAUUGAGUUUGUAUUUUUCUUAUUUAUUCAUAUGAGUUCUUUAUGUGUCCUGGGUUCUAAUCAUUUGUAGAAUAAAUGUGUUGCAAAAAGUU